CUUUAUUCCUUAUUCUUAUUUAUUUUGCAAAAAUUCUCAUUUUUAUUUUAUAACACAAAAAUCAUAGUAUUAUUUUCGAUGGAGUUUAGCAAUAAUAACGGUUGGAAAUACGACGUUUUUGUAAGUUUUAGAGGCGAAGAUACUCGGAAAAAUUUCACUAGCCAUCUAUAUAGCGCAUUAGGUCAAAAAGGAAUUAUAACAUUUAAAGAUGAUAAACAACUGGAGAGGGGCAAAACUAUUUCUCAAGAAUUGCUUAAAGCAAUCAAAGAAUCGAAAAUUUUGAUAAUAAUUUUCUCGAGAAACUAUGCAUUUUCUAGUUGGUGUUUGGAUGAGCUUGUGGAAAUUUAUGAGUGCUUGAAAUUAGAAAAAGGACAGAUGGCAAUGCCUAUUUUCUACAAUGUGAGUCCUGAUGAUGUGACACUACAAACUGGAAAUUAUGGACAAGCUUUUGAUGAGCAUCAGAAACGUUUCGAUAUUAUUAAUGAUAAUAAGGUCCAACGUUGGAGAGUUGCUAUGACUGAAUUAGCUACCAUUUCUGGUUGGGAUUUGCAAGAUAGGGAUGAAUCGGAGCUUAUUGAAGAAAUUGUUAAGGACGUCCUAGGAAAAUUAAGAAAAUCGAGUUUAUUGUCGAGUACUAUGAAGGAUUUUGUCGGAAUGAAUCCGCGGUUGGUGGAAAUGAGCAUGAAACUAGACAUGGGGCGGUUGAAUGAUGUUCUCUUUAUAGGAAUAAGUGGGAUGGGCGGCAUAGGCAAGACGACCAUUGCUAGAGCUGUGUAUGAAGAAUUAUCUUCUCAAUUUGAGGGUAGUAGCUUUCUUGCUAAUGUUAGAGAAGUUACGGAGAAACGUGGUUUAGUUCCUUUACAGCAGCAACUUCUUUCUGAAGUUUUAAUGGAUAGAAAUACAGUUGUUUGGGAUGUUCAUAGCGGAACAAAUGAGAUCAUUAACCGGGUGUGUAAGAAAAGGGUACUUCUCAUUCUUGACGAUGUCAAUCAUUUAGAGCAAUUAAAACUGUUAGCUGGUAGGCAUGAUUGGUUUGGCAAUGGAAGCAGGAUAAUAAUAACAACUAGAAAUGAGCAUUUGUUGAAAUCCCAUGGGGUUGAUAAAAUUUAUAAGGUUCAAGUACUAAAUCAGGAUGAAGCAACUCGUCUCUUUUGUUUGCGAGCCCUUAAGGAUGAGUAUCUUGCAGAUGAUUAUGUGCAGCUCUCCCAUGAGUUUGUGAAUUAUUGCAAUGGUCUUCCCUUAGCUCUCGAUGUUCUUGGUUCAUUUCUGUUUGGUAAAUCUGUAAAUGAGUGGAGAAGUGCAUUGUGUAGAUUGAAAGAAAUACCUAAUCAAGAAAUUAUGGAGAAGCUUUUGAUAAGUUUUGAUGGGUUGGAUGAAGUAGUGAAGAAGAUCUUCCUCGAUAUUGCUUGUUUUUUCAAUGGAGAGGAACACGAUUAUGUGAUGAAAGUGUUGGAAAGUCGUGGUUUCUAUCCACAUCUGGGAAUAAGAGAUCUUGCCGAUAAAUCUCUCAUAACCAUUUCAAAACAGAGGAUAUGGAUGCAUGAUCUACUUCAAGAAAUGGGUCGAGAAAUUGUUCGGCAAGAAUCGCUCGAGGAACCAGGGAAAAGAAGUAGACUGUGGCUUUACAAGGACGUCUAUCACGUUUUUUCAAAUGAUACGGGUACGGAGCAUGUUGAAGGCAUAGUUCUCGAUUCAUGUGGACAAGAAGAUGAAGAAUUGAGUGCUAAAGCUUUCACAAAGAUGAAAAGGCUAAGAUUGCUCAAACUUCGAAAUCUUCACCUUUCUAAAGGCCUUGAAUAUCUUUCAAAUAAGUUGAGUUAUCUCGAAUGGGAUAGAUAUCCCUUCAAAUACUUUCCUUCGACCUUUCAGCCAAAUGAACUUGUUGAGCUCUAUUUACGUUGUAGUAGCCUACAACAAAUGUGGAAGGGAAUCAAACCUUUGAGGAUGUUGAAGGUCAUUGAUCUUAGUUACUCUGUUAAACUACUCAAGACCAUGGAUUUUAAGGAUGUCCCAAACCUUGAAGAGUUGAAUCUUGAGGGUUGCACAAGACUUGUUGAGGUUCACCAAUCGAUUGGAGUUCUCGCAAAACGUAUCAGUUCAUUGAACUUGAAGGAUUGUAGAAGCCUCGUGACUCUUCCAAAUAGUAUAUGUGAUCUGAAGUCUCUUAAAUAUCUUAAUUUGCAUGGCUGCUCAAAACUUGAGAAGUUACCGGAGAGGUUGGGUGAAAUGACAUGUUUGGAGAAGCUCAAUGCGGGGGAAGUUGCUACAAGACAACGGCCAUUUACUAAGCUAUGGGAUUUUCUUCUUCCAUGGCAAGAGAUUUUCAGGCGGAAGAAUCUUAAUCCAAUGGCUGCGGCGUUACCUUCCUUGUUAUCCCUGCGAUCUCUGAGGUCAUUGAAUCUAAGUUACUGCAAUCUAACAGAGGAAGCACUUCCCAGUGAUCUGAGCUGCUUCCCCUUGUUGAAGACAUUUAAUCUGAGUGGGAAUAAUUUUGUCACCAUUCCUUCAAGCAUUAGCCGACUUUCAAAACUUGAAGACUUCCAGUUUUCUGAUUGCAAGAGGCUUCAGUCAUUUCCAAAUCUUCCAUCAAGUAUCUUAUUUCUUAGUAUGGAAGGUUGCAAUGCGUUGGAAACUUUACUUCCUAAAAGUAACAGCAGUCAAUUCGAACUUUUCAACGUCUGCGUUGAUGGCUGCAAGAGGCUUCAGCUAUUGCCAGAUCUUUCAUCAAGUAUUUUGAAAGUAAGCAUUGAAGGUUUUUCUGCGAAUGGAACUAUCCCAAAUCCGUCUGGAACACAUUCUUCAAAACCUUCUAGCUUGACUUUUAUAAAUGUCUUGAAGUCGAUUGAAGUUGAAAGCGAAAAUGUUCCACUGGUUGCAAGAAUGUCCGGUUAUCUACAUUACCUGCUUCGGCACAGGCACAGCUCUCUGGGCUUCUUUAAUCCAAGUACUCAGGUAUCUGUUUGCUUGGCGGGAAGUGAAAUUCCCGGUUGGUUCAACUAUCAGUCACCGGGGAAUACUCUAGAAAUGCAGCUACCUCCAUAUUGGUGGACUAACAAAUGGAUGGGAUUCACAUUUUGUGUAGUUUUCAGAUUCAAUGAGCCUGUAGCUGGUACCUCUACAAUCUUCUGUGAUUUGCACGCGCACAUGGCUGCUGAUCAAGAGUUGUUUCUUGGUCGGACUUCUGUACGAAUCUUGAAAGAAUUGGAUGUUACGUCAGAUCAACUUUGGGUGAACUAUAUACCUCGUAGCUCUUUAACUUGUCUGGAUAAGUGGGAAGAAAGUACUCGGCUUAAGUUGACGUUUUACUCUGAAGAAUUGAGCUUGAAAUAUUGUGGGAUUCGCAAGAUGUAUAGUCGAGAUGCGGAUGAGUUAGUUCUGUGCAGUAAGCCGUUGGCGAACAUGGGAUCGCUGCCCAAUGAUAUAACGAUUAUUGAAAAAAAUAAGAGGGGGCCAGAUGAUGCUAGAGAUGACAUGAUAAAUGAAUUGCCUUCCAAGAAACUGAAAAUGCAGGUUGAUUCAAGAAUGAGCUAAAGCUGCUCCAUUCUGAUCACACGAUGUACUUCUUGUGUAAUAGUAAUAUCGUGUUAAUGACUAUUAUUCAUGUUUCAAGCAUUUAGGUUCUAUAUUACAUUUGAAAGUGUUUAUUAGGUGUAUUUUAAGAGUUCUCUUAGUUUCUCUUAGUGUAUUUUUAAUGUA